GGCGAGUAAUCUUCGUUCUUGCCGGCUGCGCUGGUAUAUUGGCCGGCCCGUCCCAUCCUCUCUUCUCUCCUCUCAUCUCCACCGUUCUCUUGCGCAAGAGGCUACGUAUCAACUGUUCAGCUUUCUCGCCAGCCACUUCCAUUAUUUCACCGCCCGUAGCAAUCGCGCUGCUCCAGACUGCGUUGCUCAUUGAGAACGGAACGCUCAAACUACAUCUCUCUUAGCCAAUCCAAGUACAUCCUUCUGUAUGCACAGCUUCCCUAACCCACCACUAAGCUCGCGUGCCGUCGCUUUCCAACACGAAGAUCUCCCGACACAACGCUUAGAAGACCUCUCUAGGCACUGCGAGCAUCGCCGAGGUCUCUCCUCAGAAACAGAUCUAACAAAGGAGACUACCUUUGAACCACUGCAAGAUCUUGAUAGCUGCUUCGUAAAUUACCUAAACCUUGCCGAACGUUGCCGCUCAGAGUUCCGGAAGCUAGCAUACCUACAUCUCUGGCGACCUUCGUCUCUAGUUGUACAUCUCGGGCACUACGCUUUCACUUCCCGCGAGAAUCAACGCCAGGUGGAGAAGAUGGCACAGCUCGUAGGUGCCUUUGCGAACGCGCUGCUGGACUUGCUGUUGGCCGUACAGAUAACGACCAAGGGCGUGUUUCGACCUCAGACUGCUACAGCCGCACUUCGUUUCUGACAAGCAAGACAAGGCAGUGGACAUGACGCAAAUACAGGCGAUGGCUAUAGUCAUUCGCCUGGCAAACUGCUACGAUCACUGGCACCGCC